AUGACUGCUGCUAUGAAACCAGGGGUUGACACUCUCAGCACAAACGGUUCAGUCGUUCCGGGACAAACCAUUGUUGCUUCUUCAUCCAAAAAUAAUGUGAAUUGUGCAACUUCUCAGCCCGAGGAAGUUUGCUUGGUUUGUCAAGACGUUUCCACUGGAUAUCAUUACGGAGUCCCUUCCUGCAAUGGAUGUAAAACUUUUUUUCGGCGAACUAUUAUGAAGAAUCAAACAUUUCAAUGUCAGUACAAUGGAAAAUGUCCUGUGGAUAAAAGUAUUCGAUGCGCUUGUCGUCAUUGUAGAUUUGAAAAAUGUUUAUCAGUUGGAAUGGAUAGAAAUGCAAUUCAACAAAAUCGAGAUCCUAUAGGUUACACUAAGAGAACACGUCGUUAUCCUCCUAUUAAGAAGGCUGAAAGUUCCGAUGAAAGCUCUCCCAAAUCACAACAGUCAAAUCCAGCAGAGGAAGCUGAAGAUCGGUUUCUGGCUUAUCUCACAACGGUCGAAGAAUAUUGCUCGAAGCUACGAUUAUCCACCUACAGUUCGAACAGGCAUUUAACUGAUGCGGUGUGUUCUCCAUGCCUACUGACGGACAGCGAUUUCAUGAGUUGCUAUGCAGAGUCUGCGCCAGGUCAUAGGAUACAAAGACCGGUAAUGUAUGCAAGCCAAGCCGAUUAUCAUUAUUGGCAUGAAAGAGAUUGGAUGGUGAUGAUUGAAUGGGCAAAAACAAUUCCAGUUUAUCAGAACCUACCUUUUCCGGAUAAAUUAGCUUUACUACGGCAUUCUGCUAUCACAUACCCUUCACUUGUUCACACGUUUUUCUCACCUGACCACGGCUUAGAUACUAUUGUUUUCCCUAAUGGAGCUUUCUUCGAUCGUACGCCCGAACCAACAAGGCCAGUUGGAUUUAAUAAAAAGAAAUAUCAAAUGCUUGAUCAGCUCCUGAAACCUAUGAGACAAAUGCAAAUUGACUCAACUGAAUUUGCGGCCUUUAAGGCCAUUUUCUUCUUGAAUCCAGAUGCAGAUGAAGUCGACUCAGCCUCAAAGGCAGCUUUGAGUGAUGGACGUAGUUCGAUCACGAAUGCUUUAUAUAGAUAUAUGGUUAAAAAUAAAGGAGCUGAAGAAGCUGGGGAUAGGUUCGGUCGAUUACUACUAUUAGGGACUGUGCUUGCUACGAUGGCUGUAGAAAUGAAAGAAGCAGUGCUCGUGGCUGAUUUUUUUGACCAAAUUCGCUUCACACCCUUUGCAAAGCAACUUUUGUUUGGAAUGAAAACUGAAACAACCACUUAA